AAUCAACAGUAACAGUUUGCAAACCGAAUUGAUAGCUCACAAAGAACACUUCUCGUGCUGAUAAAUAACAGUGAAAUUAUUAAAAAGAAAAAUUCAAACUUAAAAAAUUUCUGAAACGAAAAAGAAAAGUUUUUAAAAAGAAAAAUAUACAAAAAAGAAAAUGGAAAACAGAAUUGUAAUCGCAACUAUAAUUGCCUUGUGUAUCGGUCAGACAUUCUCCGCCCCCGCAACAAGAACUAUUGAUAACACAAUAAAUGGACUUGAUAAGCUUGAACAUCAGAACAUGCCCCAAGAGGUCAAAAAAACAAUGCCAAGUCUUAUUGAAAUUACAAAGAAGUUGACAAAGCUUUACGCAAGCGGAAAUCCCAUGAAAAUUACAAGCGAUAUUUUCAUCGGCGCCGAUCAAUUGGAGAUGAUUAACCUGAGUGAUGGAAACGUUAAAGAAAUCGAAAGCCGUGCUUUCUAUGGACCUUCAAAAUUAAAGAAGCUUAAUUUAUCUGGUAAUAAAUUACAAUCAUUACCCGGUGAUCUCUUCCCAAAACAAAACGUUGUCAAGGAAAUUGAUUUGUCAAAUAAUCAGAUCGAGAAACUCAAUCGAUCAACCUUCAAAAAUCUUCAACAUUUGAAGAAACUUGACUUGACAAAUAACAAGUUGACAAGCCUCGAUGGUUCAAUCUUCGCCGAUCUGAUUAAUCUUCAAGAGCUCGAUUUGACUGGAAAUCCAAUCAGAUCAAUCAGUGAAGAGUUCUUCGCCAGCCUUCCAAACGGCCUUCAACUCUCUUUCGAUGAUGGAAAUCUUGAUUUUAAAUCUCUUGAACUCACUGAGCAGUGGGCUCUAUAAAAUACAUUUUAAGCACACUUUUGUCGCCAAAAUCCCAUUGAAAAACUCAUUACAAAGAGAAAUUUUACUUCGACGUGCUUCAUUUCUCGUCUUAUUUAUAAUUUAAACAUUCUUUUAAUUUAUACAUUCGCGCAUUUAUUUUAUCGAGAUUAAGAAUUGUAAGAAACGAAAAAAAAUAAAAAAUAAUUUGUAAGAUUUUCCAACGUAAAUUUA